GAGUGGUGCUCAUUCCCGUCCUCUCUACAUUUAUGGUUUAUCUCUACCUGUCAAAUCGGGACAUUGGGAAAAAAAAAGGGGAACCCUUCUCUUCUCCCGCAUAUGGGCUUCAACAAGUCUCAACUGAUGCGUGAACAGGUCAUUUUUUGUCCUCCUCCUGCAUAACUGAUUCUAGGGCUCAGGAUUUCGACCGGAACCAUAAAAUCCACAGUCGGAGAUCGCGACUCUGCAGGUUCCUCGCCGGUGAAGCCUCGUUCCCACCGUUAUCACUGUUCAGCAACUAUUGGAGUUGAAUAUUGCUGCUGUUUCUCACUAUUCAUCGAGUUCGUUAAUCGAGAGAGAGAUAUGGGAAGCCAUGAAAAUGUUAAACAUCUUGAAGAGUGCUCGGUUUCAAAUGCGUUGGGCACCUGGGUAUUCUCAGUAGCAGGGGCGUUGCUAGCAAUUCCAGUGGGAAUAAAGAGAAAGUCUCUGGCACCCCUUGUGUUUUUUGGCACAACUGGUACAAUGCUUGAUAUUAUAAUGGGAAUUAGUGCCUGUGAAAGAGAACAUGCUGAGCGUCAAAUGAAGCUGUUAGAAGCUCAAAACUCUGCAGCCGAUGCUUCUGUUGCCGAUUCCGAAUCCCAUUCUUGAACUGUGUUGUUAGAUUAAUACCUCUGUGGCAUGGCCCUUGGCUGAUUUGUUAAGCCUUCUUUCCAAGACACGAUGAGAUUGCAUGAGAUAUGAAUUCACAUAAGGAACUGUCUUGACUCUGUUGUUUUGCAAUAAAAUUAUACUUAGCAUUAAGUUUU